GGCAAUAAGUUUCCCAUUACUACUUUCUCUUUCUGCGAUAAAUAUCGUGCAAAUCAAUUAACAGUAAGUAGACCGAGAAAAGGGGGAAAAUCUUUUCAUCUCGAUAACCCAUCAAGAAAUCGGAAUUAAAGGGCUUCCGAAUAGAAAGCCUUCCACUUCUCUACUCCAAAGCAAGUCUGCGGUUUCUCUGCGGUCGUUGAGUAUCCCCAAAGAACCCAAUAGAAAAAUACUGGGAUACAGCAGCAGCCAGCAAGCUCAAGAGCCGAAGCAGAGAUUACUUGUGGAUGGUUUUCUAAAUCGAUCAGUUUUGGAUCAAACUUCCCUACUGCCAUGUCUCGGUAAUCAACUACUCCCGCUUUUUUGUUUCUUCAGUGCUCUAGGCUGCGAUCGAAGCAGACCUUUUAGAUGUUUAGCUGGUAUUGUUUGAUUUUCUGAAUGACUGUGUAGAAAGAUGAUGUGGGUUCUGUCAUCCACUGCGGUAAGUUGCUUAUGAAUGUAUUAUUAUAGCUAUUCCUGCUCGGGAGGAGAACUUUAAUCUCGGCUACGUAGGUGUGGUCAAAGCCAAGUCUUUGUCGGUUGUCAUCGUAUUGUCUAGAGCUUCUGUUCUGCGUAAUUUUAACUCUCCCUUAUGCCCAUGAGCCCAUCACCUGAACCCUAAUUUAGAAAUCAGGGGAAAAUGUGAUUUCAUCUACCAGUAAGGGCGUUGCUUAGAGUACAAAUUGUGCCCAUCCUCUUGAAUGUAUUUAAGCCUUUUGCUGCUUAUUAUUUUGUUCUUACCCGGAAGCAUUCGUUUAAUUUUAUGGUUGAAAGCUCAAAACUUUCCUGUGAUCUCACCCUUUUGUUGCUCAGAAUUAUGGAUGGAUAUCUAGCUGGUGCUUAAUGUUUGGAUUGCUGACUAUGUGGUGCUCGCUUAGUUUUCGUUUGUGCAAGUCAUCACCUGAAAUAGGGCACUGAAUUGAUUGUCUUUCAGCGCAUUUGAAGCUUGCAACUUUUACUUGGAUUGUUACGUUCUGCUUAUCCCAAGUACUAGCCAUCUAUGGCCGUACUGAAGCGUGAUGCCAUGUACUGCAACAGUUCCUCUUCCCAACCUUACCUUCUUGAUUACGCUCGGUCAUGGACAUUGGAGUUAAUCUUUUAUGUGCUUCAGUGUCCAUCAUGGCUGGUUGAUGGUAGCAGAAUAGCGAGAAAAAUUAAGAGUGCAUCUGAUCCUGAAAAAGUCAAAUGGGAGAGCAACCCAACCAAAUCUUGUCCAAAUUGCCAUCACAUAAUCGACAACAGUGAUGUUGUCCAAGCAUGGCCUGGAUUACCCAGAGGGGUCAAAUUUGAUCCAACUGACCAGGAAAUCAUCUGGCAUUUACUUGCGAAAUCUGGUUUUGCUUCUCAUAAACCCCAUCCAUUCAUCGAGGAGUUCAUACCAAGUGUUGACAAUGAUGAUGGGAUCUGUUAUACUCAUCCCAAGAACCUACCAGGCGUGAAACAAGAUGGAAGUACAUCUCACUUCUUCCACAGGGCAAUCAAAGCUUACAAUACUGGAACUCGAAAACGCAGAAAGAUUCAAGGUGAUGAUGUUGGUGAUGUUCGCUGGCACAAAACUGGCAGGACUAAGCCGGUGGUCUUGGAAGGCAUGCAGAAAGGUUGUAAAAAAAUAAUGGUUCUCUACACUAGUCUGAUAAGGGGAGGUAAAGCUGAAAAAACAAACUGGGUGAUGCAUCAGUACCACCUUGGAACGGGCGAGGACGAGAAAGAUGGGGAAUAUGUGAUUUCAAAGAUAUUUUAUCAGCAACAAGCUAACAAGGCCGAUAAAACUGAAGAAGAGCUAUCAGAAACUAUUGAUCAUGCCUUGAUUACAAAAGUUGAUCCAGUCAGUCCCAUGUCUGUUACACCUGAUCCUCCUCUCCCCGAAAGGCGUUCUAGUGAUACGGACCUUGUGAAAGACUCUGCAAUUGCUGAUGCAAUUGCUGAUACAGUUGCUGAUCCUUAUCUUCAGUAUAUGGAGCUUGAACAUCUAGAAGAUGAGGUUGAUCCCGUGUCUGAAAACCCUAGUUGCAAUGAUCUGGUGCCAGUGACUGAAAAUCAAGGCUUAAAUAACAAAGAUUGUGUUGAGGAAGAAGCGAAAUGGUGGGAUGGUGAGUCACAAAACGUGUUGGAUUCACAACAAAUGGUAGAAGGUUUAUCCUUAUGUGAAGAGUUUCUUCAGAGCCAGUCUCCAAGUAGAGAUGGGAAUGGAGAUCCAUUACCGAAUAGAAAACCAUCCUUUUCGUUCCAGUAUGAAGGUGCAGAGGAUUUGAAGAAGGAUUUAGAGGAAUGCCAAACUCUUGCUGUUGACCCUGCAAAUAUAGAACUCGACACACCUCCCGAGUUCAGACUCAGCCAGCUUGAGUUUGGAUCCCAGGAAAGCUUUCUGGCAUGGGGCGGAGGUGAGAUAAAGUGAUUGGCUAGCUACAAGUCUUAACUUGUUUUUGGUGUGGAUCGAAAGAGAGGAAGCACCUACCUUUUGUGUCGAUCGGCCAUAUCCUUGUUUGUAUGUAAAACUACGAUUAGUAACAAUGGAGAUGGUGGUUGUUGGGAGGGCUAUUGAGGACUCCUAUAUUUUGUAAACCCACCUUGGCAGCUUAAUGCAGAAAGGCAACUACUGCUCGUUUUGUAACUAUAUGUCUGAUGUUUGUUAAAAAAACGCUGCUCUUUGUUCUGAAAGAAGGAACAUUGUUGGGUUCAGAAUGAACCCUAGGCCAAGCAAUGUUGGUCUCUGUUUCCAACCAUUAUAUUAAUGACAUACUGACAUGGUUGAGUGCAUUUUCUUUACAGACUGUAGAAGGUGACCUGGAAUGGCAUGUAUUUGGAUGAUGUACAUGGCAACAGAGACCAUAGGAGAAACAACUCCCUCCCCAAUUAUAAGUUAAGUCAUCUCUUUACCGAUCCCAAAGCUUGUUAGCCCUAGUCAUGCCCACCAUGUACUGUGAAUCGGACCCCGGCUGGCCCCCUAGCUAGUUCUAUCCCUUUGGCUGGCAGUUUGGCGCCAUGUUGUUAUGAAAUUUCUCACUAGCACAAGAGGCACGAAAAUUGGGAACCCCUGGCCUGGCCUGGCCCGGUCCCCCCGCUCUCUGCAAAAUAUCCGAUGGAUGGCAGUUUCACGAGAAAUAGAGAGGAAUUGAAAUAAAGAAAGAGGGUCCUCUAACCUGUUUCCUUAGCUUGGUCUCUUAUUUUGGUUCCCCUGGCAUGGAGUACAGAGUGCAGCUAAAGAACAGUGACAGAUAGGGCCUUCCAUGAACAACCUGGCUGUGGGUUUUGGAUCUACUUAUAUAUAUAUGUAUGUAUAGCAAAAUUUAAGAGAUAGAUGGCAGACAGGGCCCUCCCCUUUCCCUCCUUGCUCAAUGGCUGGUGGCUAGCUGGUCCUUGUCAAGUUCCCUGCAUCUGGGCUAUUUGAGGUUUCCCUUGGGUACGUCAACAAGACACGGAUUUGGGACAAGUAAUAAUGGAAAUGAAGGUAAAGGGGAUAA